AUGCAGCUUCAGCUCGAAUACCAGCAGCGCCAGCUAAAGAAGGAACAAGAACAACAACAAAAACAACAAAAACAGUUGUAUCAGCAACAUUGGUGGCAGCGUCAAAAGCAGCACCAGCAGCCAGCACAAGAACGCGAACUGCAAAAGCACCAAAAGCAGUGGUAUCAACAACAUUGGUGGCAGCGUCACAAGGAGCACGAUCGACGGGAGGCACAUGAACAGCAAAAGCAGCACAAGCAAUUACAGCAUCAACAGCAGCAACAGCAACAACAAAAGCAGAGGCAUCAACAGAAUUGGUGGCAGCGUGUACCAUCAACACUGGAAAAGCAUUGGCAGCAGCAUCAAAAAGAGCAAAAGCAUCAAAAGCAGCAGAAGCUUCAGAAGCAGCAGCAACAGCAACAGCAGCGAUUGCAGCAACAGCACAUAGAUAGUGAGCGAGACCAGCAACUCAGGCGGGAACUCGAGGAGAAGGCGGCAAUCGAGGCUAGUCUCAAUGCUCAGGACACGUGGCGCAACAAGUGGGGCGUCCUGGUCAACAAACUACCCCUGCACGCACGCGACACGGCCUUCUGA